AUGACAUUUUACCUGGUGAUGCUGUUGAAGCUCGGGGUCGUCAUGAUGGUGACCCGGGGGAAUGGAGCACGGGUGGUGAGCGGUCAGACGGUGUGUCUCGGAGGUCCAAAGCGUCCUUGCUAUAAGAUCGCAUAUUUCCACGACAUGUCGAGCCGCGUUGCGUUCAGGGAAGCUCGUCAGGCCUGUGAGAUGGACGGAGGCUCUCUGCUCAGCAUCGAGAGCUCGGAUGAACAGAACCAGAUCGAGAAUCUGCUGCAGGAGCUGCGUUCAGGAGCAGUGGGUGGUGCAGGAGGAGGUGCAAGAGGAGGGAUAGCGGACGGAGACUUCUGGAUCGGUCUGACUCGGGAGGACGAUCAGCCUCAUCCUGAACUCAGCAACACCCUCACUUCCUGUCCACAGCUCUACCGCUGGACCGACGGGAGCCUGGCCUCCUUCAGGAACUGGUAUUUUGACGAGCCGUCCUGUGGAGGAGAGGCUUGCGUCGUGAUGUACCAUCAACCAACUGCUCUACCUGGUCUGGGCGGAUCUUAUCUCUAUCAAUGGAACGACGACCGCUGCAACAUGAAACACAACUUCAUAUGCAAAUAUGAACCAGAGAGCCAUCUUGUGAAGGAACAGGGUGACACACCUGCAGGGCGGAGCACAGAGGCCACUGCAGGUGGAGGUGUGGUCAAACAACCUGCAGGCAGUGAGGAGGUUCCUCCUCAGGUGACCAUGGCUGGAGCUUCAGGCAUGUUACUAGUGUACGUGAUCAUACCCACAAUCCCCCUGCUGCUGCUCAUCCUGGUGGCUUCUGGGACAUGUUGUUUUCAGAUGCUCAGUAGAAGUACUCCUCGCACUAAGACGGCCACCGCGUCCCAGUCCAACCUGUGGAUCUCCAGGACGCCCAAAGCAGACCGCAUGGAGGUCUGA